AGCUUACUUUUUAAAGUGUUUCAAGUGUUUUACUUAAAGUUAGUGUAAAAACUUAACAUGAUAUUUCUAUACACUCAGAAAAAACCAAUCCCUCGUUCUUAGGGAAGAAGUAAGUCGAUUCAAUCUUAAAUUCUUAAAAUUAAGUAAUUACUUCCGUUCCAAAAUUCAAAUUCAAGGAUACUAGGAUUGCUUCCUCUCGAAAAAUCCAUUCAAGAACACUUUCGUCUUGAUAUCAAGAACUUUUUGACCAUUGAUCUUGAAUUUUUGUUAUCAACUUUGCAAUACUUUUUACUUACGAAACACAAAAUGGAGAUUACCUUCUUCUUGAAAAACCAAGUUAAGAGUACUUUCUUCUUGAAUUUAAGAACGUUUAUUCAGAAACUAGAAAGAAAAUACAUUUUCAAGUUGAGGAUAGGUGAUUAUACCAUUUUUACGUUAUCAAUUUGGUAGGGUAUAGUAAUAUUUUUAAGUAAGACGAUUCAGAUUCAAACAAUAUAAAAGUAAGAGUAAAUAACUCGAUUAUUAUAAUUUUCAUGGCAGAAAGCGUGGUUAAUUGGAAUUUUUUGCAAUUCAAAUGAUAACUUUGAGAGGCAACAGUCUCUUUUGUAAACCACCAUGAAGUUAAUACUAGGUUGGACCAUUUUCGCUGUUAUUUUGAUUCCUGCACUCGGCAUGAGGCGCAUGUCGUAUAACGGCAACUGUAUGGUGAAAAACAGGAUGAAGGUCUGUAAGGGACCUCUUAGAUCGUUUUAUACCUUUUCACGAACGCUCUUAGAUUGUGUACCGGUAUAUACCAAGUGUACGAAGGUAAACAGGAGAAAUGAGUACCACACGGAAAAGUCAUGCCAAGAUGACUGCUAUUACUUUAGGCAACUCCCGAAAAAACCUUGGCAACAGGGUUCGAAACUGAUUUGGUCGCAUGGACAAGCUCCUGUAAAUCCACCGGGUCCUGAAAUUACGAGAAGAACAACCACUACUACCACUACCACCACCACCACCACUACAACUGCUACAGAAUAUGCAGAUAGUACAGAUACAGAUGCAAAUAAGGAUGAGGCCUCAUCAACAACUGAAGAAUCAACAACAGAGGGAUCAGCAAAUGAAGAAUCAACCACAGAGGGAUCAGCACAUGAAGAAUAAACUUCAGGAUCAAAAGAAACCACUGCAGAAACAACAGACUAAAAAAUCAUUGUUUGAUUGAACUAUUUUAGAUCAGAAAACAAUAACUUAUAAGAAGUUAUCAAAUUAUUUUUCAAAAUUGUUGGUUUUAAAGGCAAAUUUAUAAGUUUAUGUUAGUUUACAGAGCUUAACCUUGAAUACAAGUUUGGUUUUUUUAGAAAAAAUCUUUCGCAGGAAUUCCAAGACUUGGUAUAACUUACACAUAUUAAGGGUAUAUAUUGAAGUCACUAAAGCUUAUUUCAUUUUUAAAACACCAAGUUUUAAUCGUCUUUCUUCUUAUAUAGGUAGUAAAGUUGGAGUAGUUUCCAAAUAAAUGUUGUUAAAAUCAAACACACUUGAAACGCUUUCGCUGUUUUGUAAAAUAUAUAGUGCUUUCUAUAUAAAUGCCUUUGCACCACUUUAUUUAUUAGUUUUUCACUAUUAUU